GUGUGAAAGGAGACCCUGAAACCUUAAUAAAAGCAACAUUGUCUUCAACAUUCUAUGAUCCACCACCCUACUUCUUCUACUUCCUACUUUCUCUCAUCAUUCCUAUUUUCAACUUCUAUCUCAAUAUUCUACCACUUUCCGACCACCCAUGGCGAAGCUCCUUGACGACGCCGCUCUCUGGCUUCCGCCGCCGCACUUCCUCGACGGAGCUAAGGGCUCCCCAAAAGCCGACCCGGACGCCGUUUUCUGCUUUCCUUCCGAGUUCCCCUAUGAGUUUGGUGUGUCCUCUCCGGUGGAGUCCGUUGCUGGCUCCACCGAGACGGAGAGCAGCGACGAGGAAGAAGACUUCUUCGCCGGCUUGACUCGCCGGCUCAGUCAGGCGACGAUUCACGACUCACGCAAACAACUCGCCACUGAGAAACCUGAGGCAUGCAAAACUCGCGGUAUGGGCGGCUCGCCUCAGUCUACCCUUAGCGGAAUCGGAAGCUGGUCCGGCCGUAGCUUAGUUUCUAGCGAAGGAACACCGAACGGAUCUUCCCGUGUUCCUUCCCCUUCAACGACGCCGUUCGCCGACCGAAACGACCCUUGGGAGGUUAUAUACCAAGCCGCAGGACAAGUGGCUAGGAUGAAGCUGAACGACCACGUGUCUCAGAGCAACAGAGGGUUUCUUAACUCUGCACGUGCCACCGCAGCAGCACCAAAGGACCUCCACACCACCGUAUGCCGCUCGUUCUAUAACCACGCUCCUCAGGUUUCUCAAGAGCAGGUGUUGAAUCAAGUGUGGUUCUACUUGGGGAAGGCAGGGGCUGGUAAUAAAGCAUACUGGCUCCUCCAACAGCAGAACAGAGUGCGUGAAAUUUGUUAUGAGAGUGUAAAAUGUGGUAAUUUGUUACGCUUCUGGCAUGGACUUCAAGCACAGAUUCGUGUUCUCCACUUUUUCUUCUGUGUGUUCUAG